AUGGAUACCAAGGGCUGUACUACCAUUUCUUCUUCAACACCACUCCAAAGUUGCUCUAGGAUUACAAAUUUUAGAACACUCUCUUCAAACAAAAGCUGUCAGGGUCUUGCAGCAAACAGCUGCCAACCAACUGGCUGUGUUCUGAGAAAUCCCCAGAUCCAGGGAUGCCGACCUACUCCUUGUUUUUGUUGCAUGCCCAUCUGCCUAUCAAGCAACUUCAAUGCCUGUCUUUCUCUGGAUGACUGCAGCUGGUGUGGUGACGGCAUCAACAGUAAUGAGAAAGAGACCAUGCAAAUCUUGAACGAUCGCCUCGCCAAGUACAUGGAAAAAGUGCAAAUGCUGGAACAAGAGAACGCUGAUCUGGAGUAUAAAAUCCAGGGAGAGUGUAACAAAGAGGCCCCUGUUGUAUGUCCUGAUUACCUGUCCUACUACACUAUCAUUGAGGAGCUCCAGCAGAAGAUCUUGUGUACCAAGGCUGAGAAUUCCAGGCUGGUCUCACAAAUUGACAACACCAAACUGGCUGCUGAUGACUUGAGAGCCAAGUAUGAAGCAGAGGGGUCCUUACGCCAGCUGGUGGAGGCAGAUGCCAAUGGCCUGCAGCAAAUCCUGAAUGCACUGAGCCUGGGCAAGGCGGACCUGGAGGCACAAAUGGAGUCUCUGAAGGAGGAGCUACUCUGCCUCAAAAACAACCAUGAAGAGGAAAUCGAUUCCUUACAGAGUCAGCUUGGGGACCGACUCAACAUUGAAGUGACUGCUGCCCGUUCUGCUGAUCUAAACCGGGUUCUACAAGAAAUGCGAUGUCAAUAUGAGUCUAUUGUGGAGACAAACCACAGAGAGGUGGAGGAGUGGUUCAACAGCCAGAUGGAGAAGCUAAAUCAACAGGUGGUGACCAACUCUCAACAGCAGCAGUGCUGCCAGAAGGAGCUGGUUGAAUUGAGACGCACCAUGAACACCCUGGAGAUUGAGCUGCAGGCCCAACAUCGAAUGAGACAUUCCCAGGAAUGCAUCCUGGCAGAGACAGAAGCCCGCUACACAGCCCUGCUGGCCCAGAUCCAGAGCCUGAUCGACAGCCUGGAGGCUCAGCUGACAGACAUCCGGUGCGCCCUGGAAAGACAGAACCAAGAAUAUGAGAUUCUUCUGGAUGUCAAGUCCCAACUAGAGUGUGAGAUCACCACUUACCGCAGCCUUCUGGAGAGCUUGGACGGCAAGCUUCCCUGUAAGCCAUGUGCCACUAAAUGUGACCCUUCCACUUGCACAUCUUCUAAGGCCAGGGUUGUGGAACGCACAGCCCCCGUUUGUACAUCAUGCAGCCAUUGUGCGUCUUCAGCUCCCCAUGGGAUAUGUGAGCCCUGCAGUGCCUGCAGAACCCUGCCUUGGAUCCUGGUUAAAAUAUGCACCACCACUAAGGAGAUUAAGGAUGGGAAGGUCAUUUCUUCUCACGAGCAUGUGCAGCCCUGCUACAUCACCAGAUCUGCCAAAGUCUAA